GAGAUAGGUUGCGCUCUCUCCGGUGCGGCCUAACCAGCGUGGUUUUUGGCGGUGUUUCCUAGCAGCGCAGGCCAGGUGGGGGCGCCGGGGAGGCGGGCAGGGCGGGCACGAUGGUGCCGGGGGUCGGCUGGCCGGUGAGUUACGUGCUGCUGUGCGGGCAAGCAGCGCUGCUGCUGGGGAACCUGCUGCUGCUGCAGGGCGUGUCCCGGAGCCACCAGCACAACGCGACCGGGGCGGAGAGCGAGGACCCCGGGGAGACCGAGACCGACCAGCCCGCGGGCAGCCCGGCCCCCGCCUGUGACUACGGGGACCCGCAGGCGCCACUUGUGCUCUGCACCUACCUGCCAGAGGAGUUCAUUGAAUGUGAGGAUCCAGUAGACCAUGUUGGAAAUAUUACUGCACAGCGAGAAUUAGGUUACGGAUGUGUUAAGUUUGGUGGCCAAGCCUAUAGUGACGUAGACCACACUCCAGUGCAGUGCAAAGCACUAGAUGGUAUUGAGUGUGCAGAGCCUCGGACUUUUCUACGAGGGAAUAAACCAUGUAUAAAGUACACGGGCCACUACUUUAUAACCACUUUACUCUACUCCUUCUUCCUGGGUUGUUUUGGAGUGGAUCGAUUCUGUCUGGGCCAUACAGGGACAGCAGUGGGGAAACUACUAACUCUUGGAGGACUUGGUAUCUGGUGGUUUGUUGAUCUUAUUCUCCUUAUUACUGGAGGGUUGAUGCCUAGUGAUGGCAGCAACUGGUGCACGACUUACUGAACAGAAAAAAUACUAUUUGAGAAUUGACAGCAGGAGAAGUUAUGUGGCAUCUGUCCCUGUAUGACUGGAUACAUUUGUUCUGCAGAGUCAGAACAGCCUGCUUUUCUGCUAUUUUUUUUUGUUUGUAUAAAUUAUAUUCUGGAUUUGCAUAGUAAAUGCAGUUGCAGAACAAUGCUAUGCCUAACUUCUUUGUACAUACCUCAGAUUUCAUAUACAAAUAAACUACUCACUGUAUAUUC